UGCGCAGUGCUGCGCGCCAGGCGUUCGCGGGGACUGGCACUGACUUGUGAGCUGGUGGGGCUCAUGGCCACUCCGGGGAGUCCCAGAACCCCAGGGGCACCUGUCCUGAAAGAUGUUGUGGCUUAUGUUGAAGUGUGGUCAGCGAAUGGAACAGAAAAUUAUUCAAAGACCUUUACAAACCAACUUGUGGAUAUGGGAGCAAAGGUCUCUAAAACUUUUAAUAAACAGGUAACUCAUGUGGUUUUUAAAGAUGGAUACCAGAGCACUUGGGACAAAGCACAGAAGAGAGGGGUGAAGCUGGUUUCUGUGCUCUGGGUGGAAAAGUGUAGGACAGCUGGAGCACACAUUGAUGAGUCACUGUUUCCUGCAGCUCACACCAGUGAGUGCUUAUCCAGUGUAAUUAAAAAAAAGCGCAAAUGUAUGCAGCCCAAAGAUUUUAUUCCUAGAGCACCAGAAAAUGACAAAAGACUGCAAAGGAAAUUUGAGAAAAUGGCUAAAGAGCUACAAAGGCAGAAAAAAAAUCUAGAUGAUAUGCCUGUUCUUGUAUUUGAAUCUAAUGGAUCCUUGAUGUACAGUCCCACUAUCCCCAAGUGCAGAGAUCAUCACAACAUCAUGGAAAAGAGGCUACAGGAAAUGAAGGAGAAAAGGGAAAACCUCUCCCCUACCUCUUCCCAAAUGAUUGAAAUAUCUCAUGACAAUCAAGCAAAUGCUUUGUGUGAAACAUCUUUGAACAUCUCCCAUGAUACUUCACAUUCAGGUGACUCCUUUACUGAUGAUUUGCAUACCUCGUUUGAUGAUAUUUGUGGAAAUCGGGAAAGAAAAAUGCGGGAAGUUGUCAGUGAUAUUGAAAGUAAAGUGUGUGCUUCUCCACCUGUUCUGAAAAUGAGUGACAUCCACUUGUCAGCAUCUCCCCUUUCCCUCAGUCAGUUAACACCUCAGAAAUCUGUGAGUAGUAAUAUUUCUAAGGAGGAAACAAAUAGGCAGCGUAAUGCUGUAGGGAUAGACAUCACUCCUGAUAAGAAGGUUUCUGAGUGUUUGUUUGAGGAGAGUCUGGAAGAGAAGAAUGUUUUGUCUCUUCGAUUAUCUGCAGCUAAAAGCCAUACCAUGGGAUACCCACAAUCCAAGGGUUCCUCAACAAAACGAAAAAGAAGGUCUGAGAAUUUACGUUCUCUCCCAGGAGAAAAACUAAAGAAAAGAAGGUACAGCAUGAAAUCUGCCCUGCCCAAAUUACAGUUAUUUCAGUCAGAACAGAACCUGCAGUUCCCAAGUACAUUGAACAUGGGCAGCCUUGACUGUGGAGACUCUUCAUAUGAUGAUUAUUUCUCACCUGACAAUCUUAAGGAAAGGAAUUCAAGGGAACUUCCUCAGUCUCAGACAACAGCACUUCCCACUCACUUGAAAUGCAGAAGAAGCCUUUCUAAGAAGGAGAGGGCAAACAUCUUAGAAAGGUCUGAUUUUUCCUCCAUUGUCAAAAGCCAUAGGUCAGGUGUCGUCACUAAAUCGGCAGCAGAUACUAGCUGCCAGCAUCAGAAUCCUACAGAUGGUGAAGAGAGUAGUACUUGGACUUGCAUGAAUACCAAGCAAGCACCAGCUGAAGGAUUUCCAGAGAAUUGUCCAAAAAGGGAAGAUGGACACCCAGGACGGAGUAGAUUUUCUUACACCAGUAAGGAGCUCAGUCAUCAGAAACAACAGAGAGAAGAAGAGCAUCACGAUUCAACACCUUGGAUAGGAAGUAGUCAGGACACAAAAAAAUUGUGUGUCAUAAAAAGCAUGCAGAAAGAAGAUACUACUUCUAAAGUGUUAAACUCUGACAUUGAAGCACAAAGUAAAUUGAAACCAAAUCUUUUAGAUGAAUCUAAUGUGGAAAACUCUACAGAAGAAAGGGAGAACUUACCCAGAGGAUAUAGUGAAAAUGUUACAAAAGGACCGACCUCGCCUGAUGUUAUUGAUGGCUCCCAGGAAAACUCUGAGAACCUCAUCAGGCCUCAGGAGGAAUCCAAGCAAAGAGGGAAAGGCCAGAAGCCCACAAGAACAUUAGUCAUGACAAGCAUGUCCUCUGAGCAACAGAACAUGGUGGUGCAAGUGGUGAACAAGCUGCAGGGCUUCUCUCUGGCCCCAGAGGUGUGUGCCAGCACCACACAUGUGCUGACCGGGAGGCCUCUGCGCACACUGAACGUGCUUCUGGGCAUCGUACAAGGCUGCUGGAUCCUCUCCUAUGAGUGGGUGUUGUGGUCUUUGGAACUGGGACACUGGAUGUCUGAAGAACCCUUUGAGCUUUCCAACUACUUCCCUGCAGCACCUCUCUGCCGCCUAGAGCGCCAGCUCUCUGAGCACAAAUACCAGGGAACCUUGUUUGCUGACCAGCCCACCAUGUUCAUCACCCCCGACAGCAACCCUCCCCAAAGCAAGCUGUGGGAGCUUGUUCUCCUGAGUGGGGGACAAGUGGCUCGAGCCCCUCGUCAGGCCAGCAUCUUUAUCGGACCCUUCCGAGGGAAGAGGAAGCUCACUGUCAAGUACCUGACCGAGAAGUGGAUCCUAGAUUCCAUCACUCAGCACAAGGUGUGUGACUCAGAAAACUAUCUCUUGCCACAAUGAGGAAACACCCUUACUACCACCACUGACUGCAAAGCUGUCCUGAGACUCAAAGGAGAACAGAACCACAGAGAGGAGGGAUGGAAACUCAUGUGACAGCCUGCUGUGUGCUGUAGCUUUUAUCUGAAGGAGCUGUUCCAUGUGACCACUGACUAAAUGUGGACUAGAGCAGCUGUGAACUAGAGCAGUGAUGACUAACCUUCCAGGGCCUUUGCUGCAGCAUGGCAGGCUCUAGAUGCUGGGGGAAAUCUCUGUGCUGUGAAUCCAACACCAACCCAUUCAAUAAAAACUGUAGUUAGACUGUUUCACUACAGAGAGCUCUCAAAGAAUACCUCUAUCCCCAUGUGUCUUGGGUAAGCACUGAGGUCUUUACUCCCAUGACACGUGCUAGAUAUGAGAAACAUUUGUCGAGGUUACUGUCUGUUUCUCUGAGAUUCUUCUGAAGCAAGCCAUUGCUGAGGAGGGCAUGGCCAGUGUCAUGGUAGGCAACAGCUUGGUUUCAAGGGAGGAAAGCUUGACCCACUAAAUGUCCUUCUGUUGAUGACUGCCUUUUAUAGCAGAGACGUGCAAAACUGCAGUGUCAAAGGUUUUACACAGACUUCAUCACAUCCCCUCCCUCUGUGUUUUCCUGCUCCAAAGGAAUUCCAGGUACCUCAGUAAACAUAAUUAAUCUACCUCUAGUAUAAAUAGCCUUCAGGAAAGGAGGUAAUAGUGACAUGCCUGUCAGGAAGGGUGUCUCUUGGCUUUAUAAUAAUGAAUACCCAAGUAAUCCCCUCCCCUUGCAAUGCUCCUGGUCCAACAGUUGAACCUCCCUAGGGCCCAGCCUGCCUCACCAACUCCUAGGUCUCCUAGGUUUGAAGCAUAGUUACUUUGGCAUUGUUCCCACAACAGCCAAACUUUAUGAGGAGGUUGCUGAAAAUGGUGUUGGCUCCUAUUGGAAGCAAGACACAGAAAAGUUUUCCAAUCCCCUGCCACUCCCUCUCACACUGCCUUAGAGUGCCACCCAAGCACCAAACACUCAAGUACUGUCCACACUGUCCAUGUCCACAAAGCCCAUUGUCUGCCCAGGUCUUCAGUAAUCGCAGGCCGUCAGUCUACUAAGGCCAUCUGUCCAACCAGCCUUCCAUCUGUGCUGAGUUCUGCUCUUCAUACUCACCUAUCAGUGGAGAUUCACUCUCUAAAAACUAACACUUCAUAAGGAUAAUGACUUAGGUACUUCUACUGAAUAAUUACAUGUGGUUCUUAGAAUUCAGUCAUCCUGAAUUCUGUUAGUUCCUACUGGUCUGAGAUCCCUUAUGCCAGACAUGUGGCCAGACAUGUUUUAGUUUUCAGAGGUGUUUCAGAGGUUCUACCCAAAGAAAAGGGCAAGAAGAAGACAUUAAAGACAUACAGACUGGAAAUGAAAUAAUAGCAUUAUUCCUACAUCAUGACACUAUAUGAUAUAAUAUAUAGAGAAUCAUAAGGAAUUUUUUAAAUAAUAUAUUUAGAAAGCUUAUAAUCAGCAUACAAAACUAGCUGAAUUGUAUUUAUAUUUUACCAGCCAGUGAUUGAAAAAUGGAGUUAAAAUACAGUUCCACUUACAGUGCCAUCUAGAAAUAAACUUAGUGAAAGAAGUAUCGCUCUCUAUGGAAUACUUUGCUGAGAGAAAUUAAAGCUCUGAAGAUAGGAGAUUAGAAGACUCAAUAAGAUGAGAGUGCUUCUCAAAUUCAUCUGUAGGUUCAAUAUAGUCAAAUUUUCAGAUGCACUGUUUGUAGAAUUUGAAAAGUUAAUAUGAGCCAGGUAGAUAGAGUCACUUUGCAUAGACAGUGCUGGGGAAUAACACUCAGGUCCUCACAUUUGUAAGCCUUGUGCUAUACUACUGUACUAUCUCUCUGGCCACAAACAAGACAAUCUUUAGAAAAGAGUAAAGUUGGGGGGAUUUGCACUGAUUUCAAAACUAA